AUCUCCCCAACAAAAACCUUCAGGCUUCCACCUCGUAUCAAAUUCACUGUCUUUUUUUCUGUGAUGACAAUAACAAAAAAAAGAAAAAGAAAAAAAAAGAAACAAUUUGAUUUUGUGCAAAUAGAAGAAUUGUCUGAAAUAUUCCGCAUGAAUAAGCAAUUUGUGAGAUUCCCAGCAUUGCACCGCAGCAGCUCAGCCAAGCUAUGGGGACAAGCUCCUCUUUUCUAGGAUGUAAAUCAUUAUCUGCUGUUCAAGUUAAGAGGACCACCAAUAAGGUUUCACCCACAGCAACUAAGGUAUUUGGGGUUUCUCUUGUGCAAUGCAAAGUGAAAGACACAGAUUCCAUCCCCUUGGUGAUCAAAGACAUUGUUGAACAUCUCUCCAAGUUCGGUUUGAAACAUAAAGGGCUGUUUAGAAUCUGUGGCUCGGUGCAGAAAGUAAAGGUUCUGAAAGACAAGUACGAUAAAGGAGAGAAGGUGACACUCGAGAAGGAAGGUGACAUUGAUGCCAUAGCCGGUCUUCUUAAGGUUUUUCUGAAGGAGCUUCCAGAAGGUGUUGUACCAGAACAUAGUCACCAUUUCUUCAUCUUUGCUUAUAAAGCUCACAAAGACAAUCCAGACCAAUGUACGAAACAGCUAAAAGAGUUAAUUGCAAGUCUCCACCGAGCGCAUAGAAAUGUCCUGCUCUACAUUUGUACCUUCCUAAUCAGAGUGGCCUCCUACAGUGACAUGAACAGUAUGACCUUGGAAAACCUUUCUGUAGUGUUCGGGCCCAGUGUUUUCAGGGUCCCAUUCAGCAAGAACGUUCAUGAAGACCAGAUGCUGUGCAACGCUAUACUCCUGCAUGUGCUCAGGAACCAGGAGAGAAUAGCUGAGGGUUCAUUAAAUCCAGAAGUCUCCGGGAGACACACGCCAUCAAUACAAAACACGCAACCCAUCAGCCCUACCGAAGAAAUGCCUCAUAAUCGCAAUUCCUUUCGGAGUUCAUCGAAAAACACAUUCGGCCUGCAGGAGAACUCCUUCGGCAGCAGCAGUACGGCUGUCACUGAGACUGAAGGUGAAAGCAGCUCCCUACAUGAGGACCAAACUGUCUGUUCCAAACUCAGAGAUGAAAAUAAUAAAGAAAACUACCCAGAGAGAGUCCCAGACCUGGAGGACGGCGCCUCAUCAUCAUGGGAUGUUCCACCUCACUUGGAUAAGAAGAUGUUUGAUGGUCCAACCCGGCAUGGAGUUGGCAUUUUGCAAACCAAACAGCCCAAAUUCAAGAGUCAUGAAGGAAAUCAGGAAAGUGAGAAUGUAAUCCAAUGCCUUGCCGAGAGUUGGCCAACAAAGGGACUGGCGUCUCAUGAUCAUCCUCACCAUGUUCCCCUGAGAGGCGCAGCCGAGUAUCCGGCAAGAAACAGUCCUAUCAUGCGUGCGCAGCAAAAGGAGCCUGCCGAGCCACUGCAGUUCGUCACCGAGAAUCCUUUCCUCAAGCUGCAGGCCCCGGAGCCGGACCUGUGCCCUGCGUUCUUGCCAUGCCAGGAGGAGGUGGUCCGGGCUCAUUGCUCCAAGGAGACCCCCAGUCCUCUCGCCCAGUGCGUGCCCAGCGAUUGUGCCAAUCAUACAGAACCAGUAUCAGUCCAUUGGGACUCUCAGAGUGAUGCAGAUCAUGGGACAGAUGAUCACCGCAGCUUUGGGACGAGCCGGCUUUUGUUCCACAUCACUGAUGGAGAUAACCCCCUACUUUCCCCUCGCUGCUCCAUCUUCAGUCAAAGCCAGAGAUAUAACUUGGAUCCGGAGUCUGCCCCAUCUCCUCCAAGUACUCAGCCCUUCAUGAUGCCAAGGAGUUCCUCUAGAAGCAACUGUGAAGUCUCCAAGGAGCCCCUGACAGUUGUGCAGCUCACAAAGCAAAUCCAGAGCCUCAAGAGGAAGAUCAGAAAGUAUGAAGAGAAAUUUGAGCUGGAGAAAAAUUAUCGACCUUCCCACACUGACAAAACAUCCAAUCCUGAAGUCCUGAAAUGGAUGAAUGAUUUAGCCAAGGCUCGUAAACAGCUUAAAGAACUCAAGCUGAAAAUUUCUGAAGGCCAAAGUGUAGCAAGGGGUUUACAGAGCAGCAAGUUGGAGGAAGUCUGUGUCCCAUCCAUUGGGGUGGAACCGGCGGAGGCAUCAAGCGCAGCCCUGUGUUCCGUGGAGGAUACAGUAGAAACUGUAUGGAACCGACUGAAAGAGAAAAGGCAGUUGCUUAAUUUUCCUGAGACAUUUAAGGGUACAAAGCAGGAGCGAAGCCUUAUGAAGCCCCUCUAUGACAGAUAUCGGAUUAUCAAGCAGUUAUUAUCUACGGCAUCUCUGAUUCCAACUAUACACGAAGAGGAAGAUUCAGAUGAUGACUGUUCCCAGAGAGGCAAUGAGUACACUCUGGCUGCAGAGUCGGACAGUGCAGUAGAUGAAGCCUUUGUGUACUAUAGCGCAGAACUAGAACCUACCUUUGCCUCUACGCUGGAUGAUCGGCCAAUCAGGCAACCCGCCUUCUCCAUGUCCAACUUGCACGAGGCGUCCAUGUCGAAUUUCAAAUUCAUGCCUGAGCUCCUGGAUCAGCUUCGAGAGACCAGAGCCCAUAAGAAAAGGUUACGGAAAGCUUUAAGAGAAUUCGAAGAGCACUUUUUAAGACAGACUGGAAGGAGCGUGCAGAAAGAAGACCGGAUCCCUAUGGCGGAGGAUUACUGUGAAUACAAGCAGAUAAAGGCCAAGCUGCGAUUGUUAGAGGUCCUGAUCAGCAAGCAAGACGUCUCCAAAACAAUUUAGGGUCCUCGCACACCCCUCCUCGACCGGUCCUGUCCUCUUGUACAACACUGAUGUACUUGUGCACUUUAAUUGUUCCACACUACCUGGGAGAGUUCAUUAGCAGCAAACCCCCCCUCCGACUGCAACAGACAAGAGUCCUGAUGAAGGCAACAAUGUGCAAUAUGGAAUAUGUCUGUUUUUGUUCAUACUGACUACUUGCUGCCCGACUAUGUAACUUCCAAGCCAAAGGCUGUCAGAGAGUGCUGGGGGUUUGGCUGUAGGGUCCCCCGAUGCAGGUCCCAUAGCUGGGAUAUUCCUCCUCACUGACUUUGCUCUGCUGCACCUAGGGAUGCACUGAAUCCACUAUUUUGGAUUCGGCCGAACCCCAGAAACCAUCAUGGAAGAAUCGGCUGAAUACCGAACUGAAUCCGAAUCCUAAUUUGCAUAUGCAAAUUAGAAACGGGAAGUGAUAAGGAGUAGCGAUGGACAAAUAAAAUCACCAGGCGCAAAUUUGCUGUGAAUUUCCACGUUUCGCUGCUGGUGAAUACUAGGGAUGCACCGAAUCCUGGAUUUGGUUCGGGAUUCGGCCA